ACGAGCCACACGCUUUUUGGUCCUUACAAGCCACUGUAUUCAUCAGGAAAUAGCAGUGUAAGCUAAUGCGUCUGUGUAGGCUCUCAGUCGUACAGGAGUUGUCCAACAAGGAAAAGGCUUCUUGAGACGUCAUCUGUACUUCUGUGAAGAAGGUGUCGGACGUUUCGCUCCUCAUCCGAAGAGCUUCGUCAGCGAACUAAUAAGUGCUGGUAGCCUAGGCCUUAAAUACAGUAAGAGUGGGCGGAAUUGGUGUGCCAACACCCUCCUCCUAUUGGUUCCUUACACUAAGACUGGGAGGAGUUGUGGUCUCAUCCUCUCCUUCCAUUAGCACCUCCGAUAAAAGGGAAGUGUCGCUCCCUGAGUUGGGUAUGAACGACUCUGAUACUGGCUCGUUAGCAUCUAUUGUUCUGGCUCGGCCCUGGCUCUACCUCAUUUGCAAGACUAAGAGCUGUGGGUUUUGGUCUCAGUAACCUGCUGAACACAGGGUCCAAAUUAAACCUCAAACCACCAUUCCGAUUCAAUGAUGGGUUCUGUUGUUUGACAAAAAUAGCUUCCUUUACUCCUCUUUCAAACCAUCUGUUUUCUAAUGGAAGGAGCGUGGGUAAAGCUACAUGACGUCACAGCUGCUUCCGCAUUGCAUUAGCAUGUAGUCCAUGUUAGCACACUUGGCUUUGUGUACUGGUAGGUGUGACUCAUUCAGUGUUGUUUACUUCCUGCUAACCUACAAACAAGAAUGCACCCUGCACCCUAUUCACUAUUGGCAGCAUCUUAACGGCAAGCAGCAUGUAAAACACAAACAAAAGGGACUUUAAUUCACUAAAACCCACUACAGUACAGUAGGGGUGUGCAAAGUGGGGCCCGGGGGGCAGAUUUUUUUUUUCGGCUGUUGGCACAUUUUCCAAAUACAAUUAAACAAGAAAACGAACAAAACCAACAAGAAAAUUUGGAAAAGAGCAGUAAUUUUAUGAGAAUAAAGAAAAAAAUAUAUUGGCAUAAAGUCCGAAUAUUAAUCUAAAAAAUUGUAACAUUAUGACAAAACUAUUUACGAGCAUAACGACAUAACACUAUGAGAAAAACAUUAAAUUUUCACAAUAAUUUCCACAAUCAUUUUUGCAAUAUUGGAAAAGUAAGCUUAAAGUUGCAAUUUUGGGAAAAUGAGGUUGGGACAAUGUUAUGAUAUUACGAGAAUAAAGUCCAAACAUUCUGGGAAUAAUGCCACAGUGUUAUGAAAAAAAUGACAAGAAGUCAGUAGAAAUAUUUGUAAAAUUUAAAAAGCGCAGCAAAAAUGGAAAAAGGCGCAGUGAAGAAAAAGUAGUAAUACACUUUGUCACCCACAAAACAAAGCUGAGAUGCAGGCUGUGUGUUCUUUAAAUAUAUAUUAUUAAAUAUAACUUGUCACACGGGUUGCCUUCAAAAUGUAAAAUAUCAAAGUGGCCCCCGUGUCCUUUGAUUUUACCAUAUGCUGGGAAACCCUUGGACACCCCUGCAGUGUAGUAUUGGUAUUAUUUUACACAAGGGGGCCCUGAGGAGUAAAUGAAAUGUUAGAAAGUGGUCCUGCUGGUUUUUAAGUAGGUGGAAGGUUAACUGUCAAGUUGUGUGCAGGAAACAAAAGUACACUUAAGGUGGUCGUGGGCCCUUCUCGAUGCGUAACACCUUAAAUCUAAAAUCAUGAAAGCAAUGAAUGCAAUCAGCUUGUGGGCCAUCAUGUUUUCUUUUUUCACUAGAACACACGUGGGGGCUCUCUUGGCGUCACUAUUUUCAUGCAGGUGCAUGGGCCCGGCCAUCAGGAUGCCUCGUGUGGACGCAGACCUCAAGCUGGACUUUAAGGAUGUCCUCUUCAGGCCCAAAAGGAGCAGCUUGAAGAGUCGCUCGGAGGUGGACCUGCAGAGGACGUUCACAUUCCGGAACUCCAAGCAGACCUACUCUGGCGUGCCCAUCAUCGCCGCCAACAUGGACACCACGGGCACCUUUGAGAUGGCGCAGGUGCUCAGCAAACACACCCUCUUCACAGCCGUUCACAAGCAUUACACUGCAGACCAGUGGAAGAACUUUGCUGCUGACCACCCAGAGUGCUUAGAGCACAUGGCCGCCAGCUCCGGCAGCAGCAGUGCCGACCUGGAGAAGCUGUGCGCCAUCGUGGAGGCCGUGCCCGCCCUCAAGUACAUCUGCCUGGACGUGGCCAACGGGUACUCCGAGUACUUUGUGGACUUUGUCAAGACCGUACGGGGGAAGUUCCCCAAACACACCAUCAUGGCUGGCAACGUGGUGACGGGUGAGAUGGUGGAGGAGCUCAUCCUGUCCGGUGCUGACAUCAUCAAAGUGGGAAUCGGGCCAGGGUCAGUGUGCACCACCAGGAUCAAGACGGGCGUCGGCUACCCCCAGCUGAGCGCCGUCAUCGAGUGCGCCGACUCCGCCCACGGCCUCAAAGGACACAUCAUCUCUGAUGGAGGCUGCAGUUGCCCCGGAGACGUAGCCAAAGCCUUUGGUGCCGGCGCCGACUUCGUGAUGAUGGGCGGGAUGCUGGCGGGCCACGACCAGUGCUCUGGCGAGCUCAUCGAGAAGAACGGCAAGAAGUACAAGCUGUUCUACGGCAUGAGCUCGGACACGGCCAUGAAGAAAUAUGCGGGCGGGGUGGCUGAGUACAGGGCGUCCGAGGGCAGGACGGUGGAGGUUCCCUACAGGGGCGACGUGGAGAACACCAUCCGGGACGUGCUGGGGGGUCUGCGCUCCACCUGCACCUACGUGGGCGCCGCCAAGCUGAAGGAGUUGAGCCGCAGGACCACCUUCAUCAGAGUCACGCAGCAGUCCAGCCAGAUGUUUGUUUAAAUGUCUGCAUGUGCAACAGUGCAGGAAGCAGGAACACAUGCAAACUUCAUCUCAGGAGAUCUUUUUCCAGCUCACUAACAAGUCGCUAGCAGACGUUCUAAAACACAGCACUGGUGGUGACACUACGUGGCCUUUGGCAGACGACUGUGAAACAUGACAGGACAGUACAUAGCAUGAAAAGACACCAAAGGCGUAUUCCAAGGCUGCAAUCCUGCUCUAAAGUUUUUUUCAUGUGCAAAUCCAAUGCAAAAGGCUGGAAUGUUACUUUUAAAUGUGGCGGGAGAAUUGGUGCUGCAAUAAAAGUGCAUGCAGAAUCCUCUCACUGGUGUGUUUGCAAGGAACACAACAAAGUGCGUAACCAACCAUGACAACAUAUGAGCAGUUGCUACAAGAUUACAGGCGUCACAAGACUUCCCGUUGAAAAACUCACUAGGCCGGGGAGGGUAAGUAGAAAUGAAUCAAUCAUGCAAUAAAUCAAAGUAAACUGGAUAGUUUUGUUUUCCUCGUCUCUCGCCUGCAAACAGGCAGGAAGAGGGUUCACUCUGUGCGUUGCUUUCAGCACCUUGGAGCGUUUGUUAGAAGAACAAGGGCAUUGUCAGUCACACAGUCUCUGUGGGUGGAGGCGGGGCCGCUCGCAUACACACAAAGUGCAGAUGAGUGGAAUGUAGUAGAACUGAAAUGAGUAGAUUGCAAUAUAUUGUCAUAUAUUUUUUCAUUGUAUUUUUCUGAAAAGUAAUGUCAAACUCCCGUCUCGUCUCGUAGACCCAAUCUCGUGUAUCGUCUCGACUCGCGACCCGAGUGUCUGGUGACACCCUUCCGCAAUAUUGUUACAUAUAACAACGAUAUAGUAUAGUAUAUAUAUUCAGUAUAACAUGAGAUUCAAAAGAAUUUAGUCAAAUUUUGUUUUAAAAACUAUUUAAAAAAAAUAUGAAAUAACCAAAUAUCCAAAUGAAUAACUUUUUAUUUUAUUCAUUUUUAUAUUUUCCACUUCCAAAAAGGUAUUUAUACAAUUUAUUAUUAUUAUUUGUUAAGCACAAACGCCUAUUUUAUUCCCUUUUAAUAAUUUCAGGUGUUUCGUUAGGUAACCCCCAAAAAUACGUCUCAAUCUUUCUUCAACAUUUAUUCUUAAUAAUUUAUGUUAUCAUUUUAAAAUAUUUGUUAAUUUUCUGUUUAUUUUUAUCAUGUAGAUUUUCUCAAGUACAGUCAAACCUGUCUAUAGCAGCCACUAAAGGGAAACGGCAAAAGUGGCUGCUAUAGGCAGGUGGCUGUUUUAGACAGGUUGGCGGCCAUUUUGAAUUUGUGCGUGCACAUAUUAGCAGCUUGUUGUGUUGCAGAUACAUAUAAUUAUACUGUUACAUGUUGACCAGUAGAGGGCACUGUGGGACUGUGGAUAAAAGUUGUAAAGAACUACUAGGCUAAUAAACCGCUGUUAAUAAAGCCAUUAAAGUGCAUCGGCGACGUGAGUCUCUCCUUCCCCACAACAAGCGGCAUUACAGUAUUGACCAGUGCACAUUGUCUCACACCAGGAAAUAAACGGUGUCACUGUCUGCAACAAGCUCCAAAGAAGACAGCUUUUUUUAUGUGGAACAACUGACAGUUUGUGUGGAUCUUGUGAAUGAUUGUGACUGAGCUAGGACUCAGUAAUUAAAGUCUACACACGACGGCUUCAUUGAUUAAAAAACGAAACUUUUUCGUGCAUGAAGCUUCUACUUGAGUCGGUAAUUUGGCCGCUAUAUGCGGUCAGAUAUUGACCAAGGGAUACAAAAUGGGUGGCCGCUGGCCGUGCUAGACAGGGAACUGCUAUACACAGGGUCUAUAACACGUACAUUUGCUGCGGGGGAUUUUUCAGUGGCCGCUAUAGGCAGGUGGCCGUUCUAUACAGGUGGAUGCUAAGACAGGUUUGACUGUAUUUUUUUUCCAUAUUUUUUCAACAUGAGAGCUGGGAUAGACUCCAGCAUACCCCUGCGACCCUAA